AUACCAACUGCAAAUGUAUUGUGGAAAUCCAAUACAUUCUUUAUUAUAAUGCUUAAAUGCGUAUACAAAUAAUAUUAGAGCUAACAGUUGAUCCAAGUUGAUGGUUGCUUGGCGACAUCCUUUGUUUUUAAAUCACAGCAAAUUUCAAAAGUCCAUCACAUCCAAAAUUUUUAUUACAAGAUGAGUAUCAUGAUGUAUAUUCUUCAUCGAGUUAUUAGACACAGCCCUUACGCCUCAAAACCAUGGACAGAAAUUGUGCAGCGCGCUUCUUCAUCCUCCGAUAAACCCUUGUCGCCUAGAAUGGAAGAAUUCCAAAAGAAAUUACGCGAGAAAACUCCCAUUGGCAAAUUAGAGGAGUUGGAAGGCGCUCACCCAUACCAAGAAAAAGAACCUUUGGAGCCGUUUCCAGAUCAAAUAAAUCCUGCAACUGGUGAAGUUGGUGGUCCUAAAGGUCCAGAACCAACGAGAUAUGGUGAUUGGGAACGCAAGGGUAGAGUUACAGAUUUUUAAUCAUUUGUUAUAUGUUGUAGUAAGUUGUUAAGUUAUAAAGAUAAUUUUACUGUUAUAGGCAAGAAAAGGUAUAAACUUUAACUUUUAUAAAGAAUGU